UUUACAAUCCUUCUAGGUUUUAGACUUUCAAAUUGUUAUUAAAACAUGGAUCGUAUUUUACAUGGACCGAAACUAUUAACACCUAUUCCAUUGGUUUCUCUUGGAAUCAGAUUAUUUGAUAAACUCAAAGAAAAAGAUGACAAAGUUUUAUUUAUUGACGUGUCAAAUGAUCAAAAGAUUACAAACAAAGAAUUUUUAAUUUUAUCUUGUAAAUUAGCUGAAAGUCUUCGAUGUUGUGGUUUUAAACAAAACGACGUUUUAGCUAUAUCGGGGGAAAAUAGUAUUUUUUAUUACGUUCCUGUAGUUGCUGGGUUAUUUCUUGGAAUGAUUUCUGGAUUUAUUAAUCAAACUUAUACGAAAAAUGAAUUUUUAAAUCUAUAUGAUAUCUACCAACCAAAAAUUGUUUUUAUAUCUUCGAAAGUAUUAAAUAUUUUUAUUGAGGAAAAAAAUAAAUUUCAAGAUUUAAAAAUAAUAAUCUUAGACGACGAAGACGUUUCAGGCUAUGAUACUUUAAGUACCUUUAUAGAAAAGAAUUGUAACAAAAAUAUUUGCAUCGAUAACUUUAAACCUAACAACGUCAAUCCAAUUGAUCAAACUGCUUUUAUUACCUCUUCUUCUGGUACAACAGGAUUACCUAAAGCUGUUAUGAUAACUCACGAUAACAUAGCAAUGAGAGUAAAUCAAUUAUACGACCCAAGAGUUUCCUUGGCAAAAGAAGAAAUCAUAUUCUCAAUACUCCCAUUUUUCCACGUUUCCGGUUUAGUAGUAAACAUAUCCCACGUAAUGAGAGGGAGCCAAAUUAUUACGAUGAAACGAUUCAACGAAAAAUUAUACUUAGAAUCAAUCGAAAAACACCACAUAACACAUUUAGCGAUUGUUCCGACAAUGGCUUACAGUUUUGUUAAAAGUCUCAUUUUUAAAAAUUACGGCGUUUCAACAAUCGAAGAACUUUUCUGUGGAGGCAAUUCGUUAAACGAGAAAAUCGAAGAAGAACUCGUCGCGUUAUUUCCAAAUUUAAAAUGUUUUCGUCAAGGGUAUGGAUUAACGGAAGCUACAUUAGGGGUAACAAUGAUGCGAACUGGUGAAAAAAAAGUUGGAUCUGCAGGAAAAAUCGUUCCUGGAAUGUCGCUUUGUAUUUGCGAUGAAUUUGGAAAACGGUUAGGAUCUCAUGAAGCUGGCGAAAUUCUUGUAAAAGGAAGACUGGUUACAAAAGGAUAUUAUCGUAACCCGGAAGCCACUAAGAAUACUUUUGUUAAUGAGUGGUUGCACACGGGUGAUUAUGGUUAUUACGACGAGGAAGGAUUCGUUUUUAUAGUCGAUAGACUUAAAGAUGUAAUUAAAUAUAAAGGGUUUCAAGUAGCACCGGUUGAAAUCGAGGGGAUUUUAUUAUCACAUCCAAAGGUGAAAGCGGCUUGCGUUGUUGGUAAACCAGAUAAACUUGCUGGGGAAUUACCCACUGGGUUUGUAGUUAAACAACCAAAUGUGGACAUAACUGAAGAAGAAUUGAUUCAAUUUGUGGCAGAACGAAUUUCGAAAACGAAACACUUACGAGGAGGGAUUUAUUUCGUGGAAGAUUUACCAAAAACAGCGAUUGGAAAAAUAAAAAGAAAAGUUUUAAGAGAUUCGCUUAAAUGUGUUUAAUAAUAAUAACACGUUUACUUCGUUUUUAAUAUGUAUUGCAGGUGGUAGAAAAUUUCUUGUAUUCAGGUGAUAAUAAUAAAAUCUGAAAAAAUA